AUGCCGGGCACCGUGCUAGGCGCUGAUGCAGCUGCACCAAAGGGCGUCAGGGUGAGUCAGAACCACACACACUCGAAGGGAAACCUUAAGCAUCAACUGCAGGAGACUAGGGCAGCGCGGGCGGCCCCAGAGCCAGGGCCAGGUGCGGGGGCGACCCAAGGCGCCCCCCGGGGCCCCGCACGGGGGGGGAGGGCGGGCGGGGUGGCUGCAGCCUGGAUGGAUCGAGAAGCCUUGGGAGCGGGUGCACAAAAGCGGAGAGCGAGCCCGGGCCCGGGCAGCAGCAGCGGCAGCAGCAGCAAGAGAAGGAGGAGGAGGAUGCGGAUUACGUGGAUACAGGAGCCCACAUCUGGAGGCGCCCGGGCGCUGGGGGAGGGGGCGGCCGGAGGGGGGAGGGGAGACAGAACUCGCGCGGACCGGGCAGGGGCUGCCAGUGGUGGUGGGGGGGUGGCGCCUGCCCGCCCCUCCCUCCCCGCCCCCCCAGCGCCCGGGCGCUCCCCUCACCUCGAACAUAAGCCCGAUGAGGACGCAAAGCACCAGGCAGAAGCCGAUGUCCGCAUGGUUGUGGAUGACGAACUCCUGGCUGAAGAGCGGCGGGCGCAGGGAAGCCGCCGCCGGGGCCCGCACCCUCCCCUCCGCUCGCUCGCUAGCGAGCCGCGCAAACUUCUCCAGCUCCCGGGUCCGCCGCCGGCCCGCCCAGCGCGGAACAACUUCUCCCGGCCACGCCCCCUAUGCCCAGGCCACGCCCCCUUCCUUUCCUCCCUCCUCGCCUCCCCCUCUCUCGGCCCCCGGAACCCUCCUCCUCCUCCUCCCCCUUCCCCCAACCGGUGCCCUCAGCCCCGCCCUCCACGCGUCAAAGGGUGCUUGGCCACGCCCCCUGGAGGCUUAACUCUUUCCCACCCGUCGGGGAGAGAAGGGGGAAGAAAAAAGGCCGGGGUGCGUUCUUGCCGAGAGGCUUGCGGUUUAAAACCACAGAGGCUUUCGGCAGUUCCUAGCCAGACCUUUCUGAGUGCCAGCCCCCUCGAGCCGCUCUGCCUUUCCCACCCGACAGCGCCCCCAGCGCGGUCCUCCUCCUCCCGCCGCCUGCCCCUCCCUCUGCGCUGCUCCACCCGGCUGCCACUCCAGCGUUCUAGGCUCUUCUGGCUGGCUCUGCGUGACCCCCUCCCCCUAAAGCAGGCUUCUUUUUCUGAUCUCUCAUCUCCUCCCCCUUCCCCCCCUUCUCGUCCUCCCCUUGUGGCCCGGGCCCCUUGCGAUUCCUCCUCAGCUGCCUCCUAUUCUUGCUUCUUUUCUUGA